AACGUGCUUUUAAAAUUUCCGGUGAUAUGACUCACACUACUCACAGUUUUUGAGUCGGGAUUCUCGAGCUUUUAGAGCUUUUUAAGCUCGAUUUUUUAAAUUUUCUUCGAGUAGCAUCUUUCAUAGUACAAAAGGAUAUGCCUAAUGUAACCAAACCUUGUUUACAAUUCACUGUUCUAGCAGAAUGUGGCGUUUCAAGAGCCCGAACAGGAGUGAUGAAACUUUCACACUACGAUGUCGAAACACCUGUCUUUAUGCCCGUUGGAACCCAAGGUACCAUGAAGGGUUUAUUACCUCAACAAUUGGAACAACUAGAUUGUCAAAUUAUUCUAGGAAAUACCUAUCACUUGGGAAUGCGACCUGGGGCCGAGCUUCUAGAGAAGGCUGGUGGUUUACAUAAAUUUAUGGGCUGGAAACGUGCCCUUCUAACAGAUUCGGGAGGUUUUCAAAUGGUAUCGUUAUUGCAAUUAGCUCGUAUCACCGAAGAAGGAGUCAAAUUCCAGUCGCCUUUUGGAGCUGGCGAAUGCAUGUUGACUCCUGAAGAAAGUAUAAAGAUACAGAAUGCCAUAGGUGCUGAUAUAAUUAUGCAGUUGGAUGACGUCGUACAUAGUACUUUAACUGGCUCCAGAGUAGUAGAAUCUGUUGACAGAACUAGUCGUUGGUUAGAUCGUUGCAUCGCUGCGCAUAAAAGACCACAUGACCAAGCUCUUUUUCCUAUCGUCCAAGGGACCAUAAACGCUGAACUUAGAUUAAGAAGUACCCACAUGCAUAUGCAAAAAAAUACACUAGGUAUAGCUUUAGGAGGAUUAAGUGGAGGUGAAGCCAAAGAUAUAUUUUGGAAAAUGGUACUAUUAUCGACUGAAAUUUUACCGCGAGAUAAACCACGAUACGUGAUGGGUGUCGGAUUUGCGGUUGAUAUUAUCAUAUGUUGUGCUCUCGGAGCUGAUAUGUUCGACUGUGUAUUUCCUACUAGAACUGCGAGAUUUGGCUGUGCACUAGUUCGACAAGGGCAAAUAAAUUUGAGAUUAAAUAAAUAUAAAUUUGAUUUCUCACCCAUCGAUCCAUCUUGUGGUUGUACCACUUGUAAAAGAUAUACUAAAGCGUUCCUAUUUAAUAUUGUUACCGUUGAAACGGUUGCCUGUCAUUUAUUAAGCGUGCAUAAUAUUUAUUUUCAAAUGUCCUUAAUGAGAUCAAUUCGUGAAAGUAUUAAGAAAAAAGAAUUUCCUAAAUUCGUCAAAGAAUAUAUGAACGAUGUGUAUCCGGAGAAAGAUUAUCCAACUUGGAUAGUUGAAUCGUUGAAAGCUGUUAAUAUAAAAUUAAACGAGUAAUUUGA